CGGAAUGGUACAACGAGAACGUGCAUGGAGGACCCUGGUACGAUGUGGAGUAGCCGAAGUUGAUGAAGACAUUAUUGGCUCUAAAACAUUGACGUUUAAACCCGUGUGUCGUAAAUGAAAGUGUGAACAGUUGUCCGGCAGCCCUGGGGCAGGUCAGACUCACUGACUGAUGGAAAUAGAGAAGAGGAAAAAGGGGAAAUCUCUUCGCUCAAGCAGAAGCGCCAUGCACUGGCGGGGCAACAUUUAACGCUCCUUUUUUUGCGGGUGAAAAAAUGUAGUUUACCGUCGUCAUGUGGACCAUGUAGUAAGUGUUUGUGCUUGCGUGUAGUAUGAUAUUGAGUCCGAUAUGUCUAAUGUGACGCCGAGUAAAAGCGUGGAAUGGCUGCAACUCGAGUUAGAGUCCGGAGGCACUUCUCUGCUCCUGCUGGACUGCCGUUCACAUGAGCUUUAUGAAUCAUCCCACAUAGAGACAGCCAUAAACCUGGCCAUACCGGGGCUGAUGCUCCGGAGGUUCAAAAAGGGCAACAUACCUAUCCGGACUAUCAUCCCCAACCACGAGGAUAAGGAGAAGUUCAUCAGGCGGUGUAAGACGGACACGGUGGUCCUGUACGAUGAGUGCACCGUGGACUGGCAGGACAGCGGAGCUCCAGCUUCGGUUUUGGGUCUGCUUCUUCAAAAACUAUGGGAAGACGGCUGUAAAGCGUAUUACCUGGAAGGUGGAUUUGUAAAGUUCCACACAGAGUACCCAGAGCACUGUGAGACCCUCCUAGACAGCUCCUGUCCCAGCUCCUCUCCUCCGCUCUCUGUCCUGGGGUUUGGAAACCUCCGGAUCAGCUCAGAUUGUUCCGAUGGGGAAUCCGAUCGAGAGCCGAGCAGCGCCACAGAGUCUGAGGAGAGCCCCAUCCCCAGCAAUCAGCCCGCUUUCCCCGUCCAGAUCCUACCCUACCUUUACCUGGGCUGCGCCAAAGACUCCACCAACCUAGACGUGUUGGGCCAGUACAACAUCAAGUACAUCCUGAACGUCACACCCAAUCUCCCCAACAUGUUUGAGCAUGACGGCCACUUCAGGUACAAACAGAUCCCCAUUUCGGACCACUGGAGUCAGAACCUGUCCCAGUUCUUCCCAGAGGCCAUAUCAUUUAUAGAUGAGGCUCGGUCUAAGCAGUGCGGCAUCCUGGUCCACUGCCUGGCCGGCAUCAGUCGCUCAGUCACUGUCACCGUGGCCUACCUGAUGCAGAGACUCAACCUCUCGCUCAAUGACGCUUAUGACUUUGUCAAGAGGAAGAAGUCCAACAUUUCCCCAAACUUCAACUUCAUGGGUCAGCUCCUGGACUUUGAGAGGACGCUGGGGCUGCACAGUCCCUGUGAUAACCGUUCCACCAGCGAGGAGCAGCUCUUCUUCACCACACCGACCAAUCACAACGUCUUCCAGCUGGACACGCUGGAGUCAACAUGAGGAUCGAUUGGGCAGCCUUUUUUUUUUUUUUUUUUUUUUUUGUCAUUUCCUUUGGUGUCUCUGAGGUCUCUCUCAGCCUGUCAGAUGCCUAACUUGCUGACACAAGCAGUAAGUCAGUUACAGUAUUUUGUGCACCAAAAUGAACACUGAUCUGAGAGCCGCGUUACAGAGAACAUGCUCCAUUAGAUCCUCUCUCAAUGCCUUAAUUUCUAACACAAGGAUGACUUUUGCUACCCCACCAUACAUGGCAUUAAUCAGUGGUCACGUACGACCAUAAUAGCAGGACAUUUCAUAACUUUUCUAUUAAAUCUAGGAUUGUCGUUCGACUGUUAUCUGUUAUUCACCAGCUGUAAAGCCGAUGUUAAUGUAUUUCUUUGUAUCAGUUGUGAUUAUUGCCUUGAUGGUCUGAAAGGAGUCUUUGGCCAAUCAGAAUGUUUUCUGGGGACCAAUCGGAGAUGUCUUGAUGGUACUCUAGCUGAGGGAAAUAAGCUACUACAGUGAUCCAGCCUUGAGUUAUUGUCCUGUUUUUCUUCUGAUGACUGUUUGCAGCUCAUUUGUAGCAAAAUGGAGUUAACACAGAAAGCAUUAUUUACCUUCACUAAUGUCUAGUAAACACCUCAAUGUUAAAUAGUCCUUUAAAUGCAAGACUGAGUGGCCACUUUUUUUGUUAAAAUAUCAAAGUUAAAACAUAUUAUACCCCAGACACACCCCUGUACAUUCUGUUGCUUAUAACUGCAUUAUUUGCAUGUGAUUUUGUUCUACCGUGGACCUUGUUUUUUAACCUUUAGGUCACGUUUCCUGUCGUUGUUGAGGCCUUGACCAUACCUUAACAUGAGAUUGAAUGUGUCAGUUACCAGGCCGAGGUUUAGUGUAUAGAACUGGGUUUUGCGACGAUGGAAAGGAACAAAUGUGUAAGUAAUCAGUGUAUAAAGGAAUGGAUGUUGACCUUUUUUUUUUUUACUCUAACAGUCUUCAGUCUGCAGCUACUCCUGCUUCUGUGGCACAAUAAUGUUAAGGGAAACACGAUGUGUAAUUAGCUGUUCUCUAUUGCCAGUCUCGUCUCAGAACAAAUGAGUGAGUUUGAUGUAUGAGAGGGAAUGAAAGGAAAAUGAGUUUGACAAAAAAAAAAAAAGUGUUCUUACCUCACAGAGAGACAUUUUCAGGGAUUUUUAUACAAGGCAUCUGUAUCUCGUCAUGGCCUCUUAAAGUGCAUCCAAGGGCUGUUUUGUUUGGUAUGUUUGUAAAGAUGUACAUAAAAUGUGGUUGUCAUGGGGGACAUUUUCUUAAAAUCAUGAAGGAUGCGAAAGUGACCCUAUUUUGACCCUUAUGUAUAGUAUAUGUAAAGCUAAAUGUCCAAGACAUUCUGUACAAGUUUAUACAACAAAUAUAUUGUAUAUUUUUACUUGAA